GGCUUCGUGGCAUAACCAGGUGGAGAUCAGGGCAUAGAUCUGAGUGGCUGUGUGCUGUACUGCAACACCACACCUGUUACUCAUUUAAUAACGGCUCUACACUGAAACACACAGUUUCAGUGCAGACACACAGCAGCUGCUAAAAUUUUAGCCUCAUUUUAACCUGCCAAGUGGAUUCUGGUUUUAUGGCGGAUAAGGCAUGCACAGCAUACACGUGCCUCAGGUGUUUGUAUACAGCCUGCUUUUUUGAUGUUGUCUUUGUGUUCUGAAGUCUGUGCCUGCUUUGAAUCUGUGGAGUUCCAGUGGGAAACAAUACUUACAUCUUGGAGAAUAAAUAGAAAAUAUGGUUUUAUUAGGCACCAAAGUGCUUUUUAUGUCUGUGAACAAAAACAAGCAGUAAUUAUUGUGUUAGUAACAUAGUGGUGGUAUUAGAGGAAAUAUUUUGACUACUGCUGUUGAAGUUUCUCUUCUCCUCUUUGUCCCUCUCCUAUCCCGGGGUGUAUAACUUCUGGUAUCUGUAAUUCCAGCAGUGUAUAUUUAUAUGGAAUUCAUUUCUGGACUUGUGGUUCUUCUGUCUGCUCAUUUUUAGAUGUGUUGCCAUUAGGGACUAAAUGAUUUUCUUUUUUUGUUUUCCUAUGGCUUAGGUCAGAGCUUUAACUCAGUUAAAAGCAGAACCGUUAUUAAAAUGCAGAUCAGCUGUUGAACUAAAAUCUUUAAUUUUUAUUUUGAGGGUCAAUUAAACUAUUUCCUGAAUUCAUUAGCAAGAAGAUUGUUUAGGUUUGAAUCAAUUAUUGAUAUUCUGGAUUUGUUUUACCGAUUUACUGUGCAAUUCCCACGUAUUUUACAGCCUGGGCUUUCUUGCAGAGGUUUUUUUCUCCUCACCUUUGUUAUGACAGCAUUCUGUCAUUGCUUGGUGCUAUGUAACUUGUAGAAGAUUUCAUAAGUAAAUUAUCCUUUGACUUAGGUAAACUGAGUGUUAUUUUCCUUGUUUAAUGUUCACUGUUCUUUGACAAUAUGUUUAAUAAAAUAAUUUUAAGAAAUUAAUAAUAAAUUAAUUAGGCAGUGUUCAUUAGGCAAAGAACAAGAUAAGCGAGAAGAGGGCAGGCUUCAGCAGGAUUUGUUGUGAUAGGACAAGGGGAAAUGGCCUCAAGCUAAAGGAGAGGAGAGUUAGACUGAAUAUAGUUUUUUACUCUAAGGGUGGUGCCCAGAGUGGUGGUGGUGCCCCAUCCCUGCAGAUACCAUAAAGGUCAGGCUGGAUGGGCUCUGAGCGCCUGAUGGAGCUGUAGGUGUCCCUGCACUGUUGGAGUGGUGGUAUUUAAGGGUCCCUUUCUCUGAUUCUGUAGCGGCUCGGUGCAGUGAAGCCUAUUUAAUGUAGCUGAGGUGGUGCUGCUUCUUUCUCCCUGGUUCUUUGUGAUUUCAGUGGAAAGAGUUAAACGUUUCUGUAAUUAUGCCAAGAUCAGUGUCAGAUAGCAGAGCCAGGAUUUGAAACAUUCAUGUGUUUGUCUUCAGGCAUCCAAAAGUAAAGCAAUUAGUGUCAGUCAGGAAUUGGAGUACGUUGUAGCUUUUGUUGUUACAUUUACCAUAAAUAAACUUUGUUGUGACUCUCUAAAACAAUCAAAUUUAAGUGAACAAUGUAACUUUUUGAUGCUUUCUCACUUCAAAAUUUCCUGCUGGCAUCUACUGAAAAUUGGAGUGUUGCUUUGGUAGUAUCUUGUUCUGAAGUAGGCUAUUUGGAUUACAGUACCUCUUAAAUAGUUUUCUUUAAUAAUUGAUAUAAAGCACAGCCUUUUCCUUGGGGAUGGGUGUACCUCUGUAAAUCUGCUGGAGUUCGUACUGUGUUUGGCUCUGAGCACCAUUAUCACAAAGACUGUCCAUGUAUUAAUUGGAUCAUGCUUUGCUGCUAAAAGGGAGGCAUUGGGGGCACCAGGGGUGUAAGUGAGGCAGGAAGCACACACUGGUUGGCAUGGUGUGUCCCCAGGAGUGGUGUUGCCAGCUGAGAUUUGCUAGCUUAGCUGUGGAGCCGUGGCUUUGGGCAGUGGGAAUUUGGGAUGUUUCUGGCAGAAGUAGAAACUGUGAUGGGAUUCUGUUUCUCUGGGCAAACUGAAAUCUGCCCUACAUGUUUUCAUACUGUUUCUAUGUUGGAACAAAAGCGUGAAAUAAAUAGGAACUGCUGGCAGGCUGUUUGCUCCUUCUUCCAUAGCAGUCCUGUGCUGCCUUCCAUUUGGCUUUGAGUGUGUGAUCUGAAAGCACUGCUGUGAUGGUCACACCAUUUGCUUUGGGAGCAAUGGAGGUUUGUUGUGUCCGGUGGCUCAGUACACAAGCUGUGGGUUUUUGGGGGAACCCAAACUCAGGGCUGUGAUUCCACUUCUAGUGCUCGUUUUGUGGAACUGUGCACUUGGUUUCAUAAUUGCACAUAAAUGCUGUGGAGUUAAUCCUGCUCCUUUGGCAAGACAUUUCCAAUGGAAAGGGAAGAAUAACAAUGAGGAAUUCCUGAAAUCAAGGUGUGUUGUUUUUUCUCUCUUGGAUUUCAGUUUUUCUGCCACUUCCACCGCCAUCUCCAUGCAGAUCCCAGAAGUGCUUUUCAUACUUGUUUUCACAGUUUUGCAUUUUAAGGAAUGCUUCAGGUGAAGAGCAGAAAACUUGCUGCUGACAUGAAAGCAACUGUAACUGAUGGAAGGUGCAGAUGCUUCAGUGUGUCGGGGCUGGUGGUGCCUGGGGCACCUCCUAUUGGUGUCUCAAGGCAGUGAGGUGGUGAGGCUGGCUGCUGCUUCUUCCUCCCUACCAUUUGUGUGUGCAGUGUAUGCAGCAACAGAAAAGGAAUCAAAAAGUCAGCUGGUGAAGCCAAACCAGCUUCCAAUUUACUGCUCACCACCUCUGAAGUCAAAAUACAUUGAAGAACAGCCUGGUCACUUGCAGAAGCAAUUCUCUUCAAUAAGACAGACCACUGGCCGCUAUAUUGGGUGGUGUAAGGAUGCUUUUGUCUUUGCUAAAAAUGGAAUAGCGGAUUCAAUUCAGUUUGGUAAAGAUGCUUAUGUUUACCUGAAGAAUCCACCACCAGAAUUUCUUCCCAGAGCCGGCAUAAUUACAAUAUCAGGCCUAGCUGGUGCAGUGCUGGCAAGAAAAGAUUCUAGAUUUAAGAAAAUUGCUUAUCCCUUGGGACUUACUACUUUAGGAAUUUCAGUUUGUUACCCAGCUCAGGCAGUAGUAAUUGCUAAGGUAACAGGGAAAAAGGUAAUUUCUGCAAGCCAUCAAAUCUAUGAGGCUGCACGAUCUCUAUGGGCAAAGAAGGAAGAUCCCUCCAAGCUGCAGCAAGAGUCAAAAUCAGUUUCAAAAGAAGAUAAGAAAAAUAAAGAAAUAUCUAAUAUGCAGUUUGAAUCAGCUAUUGAAUCACAAUCACCUAAUAGGACAGAAUCUUCUCCUAUAGAGUCUUGGAGUACAAAAGAUCCACCGCCUUCAUCAGUGAGGACAACGAAGUUUAAAGCUGACCCAAAACUUAUGGACCAUGGUCAGUCCAGCCCAGAAGAUGUGGAUAUGUACAGUACAAGAAGCUAAGACAUCUGAUUACAAAUCUUUGCAAAGUAUUACAGAUAAGGGGGAGGGAAGAAGGGAAGGAAUAAGACUUGUGAUUCAUACUGUGUGAGGUAUAACUUAAUCAGGUAUUUUCUUAUAUUCCAACUGUAUUACUGACUUAUACGAUGCUGUUCAAUGAAUAUUUGUUUCUCACUACUUACAAACAGUGAGAAUUCGCUCAUAUUCAGUGUCAUUACUGUGACACUGAGAAAAUGGGAUUUGUGUGUGUCUUCUUGUCUUCUCACAAUGAAGUUUCUCUGUGCCAAACUUGUUACUAAAUGUCAUUUCACAAAAGGUAUUUGAAAAGGUGAACAUCUCUAUAUUUCAGCCCAAAUGUUCACUGAUAGAAAAAGAGGAAUGUCAUGGAUAGGGCUAGAGAGGCUUCUUUGCUUUUCACUUGAAGCUCUAGAACAAAGAGCAACUCUUACUGGUCUGAGUGCCCUUAAUUGAUUACUUUAUCAUAUGUAUAGCGUUAUCUCUAAUGCUUACAUAAACAAAUCAUUUUUCGUUGCAGAGUCA